AUGACAUCAUAUUUAAUGCAAUUUGAAAUAUCAUUAGAGGAAGUUAAAGAAUUUCAUAAUAACUUGAUAAAAAUGAAUAAUGAAGACAAUAACAAUUCUUUGAUUUAUAUGAAAGUGGAAUCAGCCUACGAAGAAAGUAUUGAAUAUCAUAGAUCACUUUAUGAACGGAUUAUACAAUUGAAAAAAUACUUACAUUGUGAGAUUCGGAAAUACAAAGAAUAUUGUAGAAUGGUUGAUAUAUAUGUUUGUCCAAAUUCUCAAAUAGUUAUAGAUUCUAUUAAAGAAGUUUUGAUAAAAUUCAAUAACAUUAAUGUUGAUUUUUUGUAA